ACAUCUCUCUUUAAUUAUAUUAUAUAACACUCUACACAGUUAAAGUCGCGCUCUAUGCCUACGUAAUCUGAUAUAAUAGACAAUGUUAAUGUUCUAUCAUUUGACAAUAGUUUCAUAACACAAUGUAAAAUUAUCAUUAAUCCUCAAGAAAGAUUCGGCAAAAUCAAUUGUGUCAGUUUCUUCUUUCAUCUACUUUUUAAAUUUGAAUACAUAUAUAUAUACAUUCCGUUUUGUUUCUAGUGUAGAAAAACCGCGAGAGAAUGUAUCUAAUAACGUUUUCGAGUGAAGUAAAUUUAAUCGCUCUGAAACCGAUUAAUGACGUACGUCAUAAACACCGUCUUGGGUUAUUAGGGAUAUUAUUUAUAUUAAUCAAAUUCAAAACUUAUUUUCAGUCGAACAUAUGUCCACGGAAAAUUGAAUUUAAUCGCUCUCAGGACAAUCAAACUUUGCUUCACUCGAAAACGCUAUAAAACCAACAAAGUUGAGAUCUCAUACGCGCGGAUUAGCCGAGGGGAUCAGCUAUAGCGUAGGAGGGAGCAAAAGUAGAAUUAUUGUGUUCGAGGGUCUCUCUCUCUCCCUCCCUCUCUCUCUCUCUUUCCCUCCCCUACAAGCAGCGACAUUUAAAAUCUCACUGCCGCUCCUCGAUAUGGCAGUGUCCGUCUGCGCAGCAGCGCGUUGCGUUGCUUAGCUCGAGUGGUGAGGUCGGGAAUCCCGCCGGGUGGCAUCGCGUUAACUGAAGCCCCGCAAGGUCGGGCGAGGGAGCGCUCGGAAGAAGAGUCGCGAGAGUAUAGAGUGUUUUUGAGGGAAGAAAAGGGAGAAACGAGAGAGAUAAAACGCUCGCGUGAUAAACUCGACGUUUUUUUUACAUCUAUCGACACACAAAUUUCAUCCCUCUGUUCGUUUUCUCGCCCCUGUGAAAGAUGGCCCCGUCAUGCUUCGAGGUGAUCCUCGUCGGCUUCAUCCUCGUGCUGCCGUUCCUCUACGAGACCAGCCGCAACUUCCGCUAUUACUUCAAGUUCCUGGUCUAUUACGGCAUCGUGAUGGUGAACGCUGUGCUCCUCAUGCCCCUAUUCUCGCUGCGGCCUGGCAACGUUAAAAAUUUUCUGUUGGCAUCGUCGCUGUGCCACCACGUUAGUACUCUGCUGGGAUUGCGAUGGGAGCUCAGAGGCAGGGAACACCUGGAGAAGGACAGGGCAUGCAUAAUCGUGGCGAAUCAUCAGAGCUCGUUAGAUAUACUGGGAAUGUUCGAUCUAUGGCCGGUGAUGGACAAAUGCACUGUCGUUGCCAAAAAAGAAAUUUUCUAUGCAUGGCCGGUCGGCCUCUGCGCAUGGUUGUGCGGUCUAAUUUUCAUCGACAGAAUGAAUUCCGAGAAAGCGCGAUCCGUGCUCAACAACGCCACGAAGGAGAUCAGGGACAAGAAGAUCAAGCUGUGGAUAUUUCCCGAAGGCACCAGACACAACACCGGUGAGAUACAUCCUUUCAAGAAGGGUGCAUUCCAUGUCGCAAUCAGAUCGCAAUUGCCAAUACUACCGGUUGUAUUUUCCUCCUAUUAUUUCUUGUCCGCGGAAGAGAAGAGAUUUGAUUCUGGACACAUUCUCGUAACAACGUUGCCACCUAUUUCCACGGAGGGACUCAGUACGGACGAUGUGCAGGAAUUAUUGGAGAAAACACGAAGUGCCAUGAGCGAGGUGUUUCAUGCGAUGAACCGCGAGAUCCAGCUCUCCCUCGCUGCAGGGAAAUAAGAGAGAGAGUAAGCAGAUACUCUCUUACAAGAGUAGCGAAUAAGCCUCCGCGUGGGAACCAAAGACUAAGUAUCUGCUUAACGUUCUCUUAUGAUAUUAUUUUAAUUUAUAUUUUAACAUCUCUCCAGAGUGAAGAUAGAUAACGUUAAAUUUUAUAUACACAUUGUAUACAUUGUACAUUCUUCAUUCCUUCUUCUUUAUAAAUUUAUAAAUUUAUUUUUAGCUGCGCCAAUCACGCAAAAAUCUAGACAGCUUUUUCUGUAAUUCUUUCGUUCACCUAGCUAGUUACCAAAUUUUAUCAUUGUUGUACAAACGUCAUUCGUGAUACGUGAAAAUUUAUAUAUGAUUUUCUUAUCAUAGAAUGAACAAAAAAUUGUUUCAAUUUAAAGACAUACAUCUUGAAACCAAGAAAAAAAUGUACAAGUGGUGAAAUAAGUAUAAAACUUAACAAAAUUAUAUGCUGAAGAAUUAUAAAUAUCACUCUUAAUUAAUUAGAUAUAAGUUUGAAAAACAGUGUAUUGUGAACUAUACAGUAUUCUUUAUCAUAUGCAAAUAGAAAAAGAGAAAACAUUUGACAUGAUUUUUCGUGGAGUUACGAGUUGUAAAUAUGAUUCAUUAGAAUGCAUUUUGUAAAUUGUGGGAACAUUGUUAGCAUUUAUACGUAACAGAUUCACUAAAUUAUAUUAGAUAUAUUUUGUUAUAUAUACAUAUAAGGUACGCUUCUACAUUUCUACUUGUCUCUUUUAUGCUUCCACUUGUUUUUAUACAGAUAUUCUCUGUGUGAAUGAAGAUAUAUAUAACUAUAAUUACAGAAUUACAGAAGAGCAUUUUAAUUUUAAAUAUCUAGAAGAAAAUUCAAUUUUUACACAUUAUUGUUUAAGCGAUUUUUUAAAUAUACAUUUCAUUGUAAAAUUUAAUUGUAUUGAUUGUUGAUUUAUUUAUUUUUUAGUAUAUUAUAUAAUCGAGAUAAAAUAAGAAAUAAUAUUAUACUAACUAUAGACUAAUAUUAAAUUUGAAGCACACAUUAUAGUCACAUCGUACAUAUGUGCAGUGUACAUACAUUUCCACUUAUUGUUAAUUAUGAUUGCGACGAAAGAUUGAUUGUGACUGAUUAUGACCAUCUUUUAGAUAUUAAAUUUAAUUUUCCGGCAUUUCUUAGUGUGUUUGUAUGUUUAUAUAUGUCUAUUGUAUUUAAUUAACAUGUUUGUCCCUGUUUUCUAUAAUUGGGAUGAGAUACGAUAUCCUAUGUAAAGUCAAUGCUUUCUUUUACAUUAUUUCCUCAAACUAGGGGGACUGUGUUCAGUUUAUAGCAUAAUUGACAUGAUGCUUUACUGAUAACUUUUUGCAAUCUACAAAAAGAAUAUCUUAUUUAGUGUGCUAGUUGCUAAAGAAAACAAACUAGUUAAUAAAGCAUUGCGUCAACUACGCAUUUAUUUUUCUUCCGAAAUUAUCGCCAGAUUCGGUAUAACCUUUAAUAGCACAUACAGAUAUACUAUUAAAGAUUAUAUAUUCUAUUAUACAUAUAUUCACUAAUACGUCUUUUGCGUUUUCCAAUAUUAUACAUUACAAAAACAAGAUAGAUUUGGUGUAGAAUUAUAAACGCUUAUUCACAGCCACAAAGUCCUCUCUAAUCCAACUAUAGUAUUGCGAAUAACAUGAUCAUAUGAUCGUUUAAUUAUUAACAUGACUUUUGUAUUGUGAUAUUACGUUUAUAUUUUCUAUGUCAAAUAUCAAUUUUCUCAUAAGCUAUAAUGAUAGUUGCAACAUAAUUCAAACAAUAGCAUGCUAGAAAACCUAGUGUUUGUUUAAUCACUAAAUAGUCCAUUGCAUUGACUUUUGAUAGCUUUCUGUAAUCUUAUGAAUCAAGAUAAUCAGAUAGAAGAUUUCUACCUAAAAUGUACUAUACAGAUAUAGAUAUUUCAAGAUAUCGAUUAUCUCUAUGACUUGUCAAAUAUUCUACAAUAUGAUUAAUCCAAUUGUAAACUAUAUAACUUAAAAAUAUCAUAUAUAAGAAAGAGCAAUUUAUGUAGAAAAAUUGACAUAAGCCAAGUUUUAAUAAUUACUAAAGUAACAUAAUAUGAAAAUUCAUACAAUGAAACAUAUAUCUUUUAAGUGCUAUUUAUAGACUUUGUAAGAUACACUUCUGUUGUUGCAGCUGUUGUAUUAUGUGUUACUGUAAUAUUAUGACAUUUAUUUUAUCGUUGUGAUUAUAUAAGCUCUGCAAAAUUGCGCAAAUAUUUUUAUAUUAUGACCAAAAUGAAUUGAAUCUAACAGUCAUAGCGAAAAUUAUACUUAAUCUCAUUUAUCGGAUAUUUCUUGGUCAAAAAACAGACGCAUUUCGAUAAUAACGUAUUCAUACACGAAAGAAGCAUCGCGAUAGAAGAAUGUAAUUUUUAUUGAGAAUACUAUAUUUGUAAUUUCUAAAAUUCGUGUUUUUCGAUCACAUUAGGUACAAUCGUGUAACCAUACAAAAUACUUUCACGUUAGUAUUAUCUUCCUGAUGAACGAAAAAACGCACAAUUUUCAAUCAAACGCAUUAACGCUGCGUUUAAUGUACGAUUUCUAGUGUAAUCGAAUAAUAUUUCGUGCAUGAAUAAAUUUGGAGUAAAAUUUUUGCGAUUUGAGGAAAAAAUCUAUAGAACUUUUUUUCGUAUUUACAUAUAUAUUAUCAACAUCUAUUCUUCUUCUGGAAAAUAAAGUAGGUUUUAUUAUUAACUCUCUUAUCAACGUGUCGUUUAAUUAUGAAGAUAAUUGAUCAUAAAUACGUACGUAGUAGUAGUGAUUCUAUAUAUCUUUAAACAAUGUUUCAUUUAACAAAAAUAUCUAUACAUCAAGUCAUUUAUCAUUUCUGUGCCAAUGUGCAAAGAACAAUUGUGUCACACGAUAGUUUAUAUAUGUGACUAGCGCAUCAUUCCAUUUUUACUUCAAUAUAGAUAGAAUUAUAGAUAGAUAAUUUGUUGAACCCCAUUUGUGAUGUUAUCAUUAAUAUUCACUUUAAUUGAUCAGUUAAUUUUAUAUCAUGACAAAUGCACAGCCCAAAUAUGAAACUCUUUGAAAUAAGAAAUAAUAAGUCAACUUUACAUAUUAUUUUAUGUUCUUCCACGAAAUAAUCAAUCAAUGCAAUUGAUACAUUUGCAUUUAAAAAAAUUUAAAUCUAUGUCAUACGAAUUCUUUAUUUGCCUGUGAAAUGAGAGCCAUACUGAUCGAGUUUAUUGAUUAUAUUUUGUGUAUGUUAUACCGAUUAUAUAAAUAAUUGCAAUGUAAAUUAAGAGAUGGUUUGCAAGAGCAGAUAAAUAAAGAUAUUUGAUUU